CAUUUCACGCCCACAGACUCACUCCCCUUGCCCAUGUAAGCUGGCUGCAGAUCCAGUCACAAGUAUCUUUCAGCAACUCAAGCUCCUGCAAGACAACCAGCUAUGACUUUGAUUAGAGGAUUUUGGAUAAUUGCACUGCUGACUCUUCAUGGUGCAGAUGUGGGAGAGACCUAUGGAAGAUUAAGAGCUCUCAUUGAGCCUAACGUACCUUUCCCACCUGCUCGUCCCACUGCUCAAAACCUCGCUGCCAUCUGCUAUCAAGGUCAGGGUCGUCCCAGAUACCCAUCCAGCUUCUUCCCGAGGUCUGGGUUCAGUCACUUCCGCCGCUGUGGAAAGGCCAUCAACCGCCUGGAGUCGUGGUACAGUUUGUGCUGCAGUGGACUGGUAGCACAGCAGAGCGACCAGAUACUCUGCUGUGCCCAACAAGCUUGGAAACAAGCCCUGUCCCAGUUCUGUAAGGAAGAGUAUGCCACUAUGACCAACCCACAUGUGUGCUGUAAGAACAGCGGAGACGCGCGGUGGACAUGCUUCAACAGCGAGCUGCCAAACCCAAACUACAAGCCAACACUAGGCUACACUGCACCCCCAGUCCCUGAGGAGCCAGAAUUCACCUUCAAUCCAACCGCUUGCUGAAGGUGGUAAAAUAAAUAUAUACUGUAUAAAACCAAACAGGUAAUAAAAUAAUGAUCUUGUGUAACUUUGGGGAGGUAGAUUGGAUAAAUGUGCUCAUCACCUGCAUUAGAAAAAUGUACACGAUAAUGCUGAGCUAGUAUUGCUGAGUCCUGCUGAUUUUUGUCACAGAGGAGGACAGGGCAUGCUGGUUGUGUUAAUGCUGAGUAAGGAUAAUAAUAGCUGAAGUCAGUUAUUACUUUGACAGAUCUGUAUUUUAACCAUGCUGUGCCAUGACAACAGGAAACUUUUUUUCAAUUGCAUUUCUCUGUCAUUGUUCACUGUUAUAACCCAAAUAAAUGGUGUCUGUGGUGGAAUUUCCAGCUUACGAACUCAUGCUAUGUAAGUUGAGACAAUGGUAGCCCAGGUCUCCUUCAGGUCAACAUAACCUCAUAACCCAGAGUAGCUGUUCAACUUUGUGCCUUCAUGGAAGACGGGAGACAUAACAGCUGUAUGAUAAGACAGUGCUGCUCAGCCUGCCAAGGCCAUAGUGAAACUAAACAAUAAAGGUGUCCAAGUUUGACAGUAGCAUCAGGAAAAAUGUGGUGUUUGAUCAGCGUGUGUUUGAGGAAGAGUCACACAUCCUGUGUUUAAUGUUUCUUUCUUUUUUCUUCUGUAUAGUAUAGUGGAGCUCUUAAGCUAUUUAGAAUAGUAUCAUAUGUGGGGCUAAGACAUUUAGUGUCCCACUUUACCACUUUUCACCUAGUCUCGCAUUGCCAGACCUUCCUCCACAGCGCUGUGGUGGAGGGUCUGGCUAGUCCACACAGCAUUCCAGGAUGGGAGAAAAACAUGGUCUGGUUUAUAGGCAUUUCUUUAAACCAUUCACAAUCGUCUUGGGCGGCGCUAGGCAGACAGAGCAACGGUGCCUCUGCAAAAUAGCCUCGGGUAUAAACUUUUUUUGCUGGAACAUGUGUACAUUAAAAGGUUGUUUUAGUCGUGCAACAGAAAACUCAGAUUAGACAGAUCGUCUCGCUAGCUGUCUUGAUUUAUCCUGAAGAGAUCUGAGGAGCAUUUAACCAUAGUCCUCAUAAAUCAACCACAGUUUAAAAUGUCAACACAAAAAAAGCAAAAGGUGACGGACAUCCGGCCGAAAUGAGUGACAUUCAGUGGAAUUUCCGGUGGUACCUGAACAAUCCCUAAAAUGAAACAUCGUCAAUAUAGACUACUAUUCACCCUAUGUAAAAUGAGUUGUGCUGUUAUAACCCAAAUAAAUGGUGUCCUGAGUGGAUUUCACAUUUUCUGA